AUGCCAAAUUACCAUGAGGGACUUGGUCUCAAAUUGCAAAUAGCAAAUGUUGGUGAAAAGACGAAAUUGCCCCUCAGUCAAUCAGAUUCAUUAAUGAAGGCUGAGACAAACAAUGUGAUCGUGGAGAGCUUGGAGGAGAAGAUUAGUGGUGCACAUGGUAUGGAGGGAGUGAGCGGUGGAGUUGAUCAUGGAAUAAUACUGUUGCCACUGAUCUCUGUUAGGAAUAUCACGAAUGGGAGAGUGGGGGAGGGGAAAUGGAAGGAGGAUGACAAAAUGAACUGUUACAAUGGGUCAAGCUGUUGGAAGGAAUUGUUUUGUUUUUUCCAUGUUGGUGGGUAUUUUGAAAGAAACAGUGAAGGUGAAGUUAAAUACGGUAGAGGGAGUGUGAGAGCAAGCAGCAUAAAAGAAGGGAUAACACUGGAGGAAUUAAGAGGAACAAUAUCACAGUUGGUACACAAUGAUGCUAAAGGGUGCGAAAUUAAGUACACGGUUAAGUUUGCUGAGGGCACACUGGUUGAUCUUUAUGAUGAAGGUGAUAUUUGCAAUAUGUUUAGAUAUAACGAUAGCAGUGCUCAUUUGUAUGUAGCAGCGAAAGGGAACCAGAAGGAAGGUGGAGCAGUGAAUGAUGGAGAAAUGGGUGAGAAUUUGUUUGGGCUGUCGGGAGAAAUGACUGAAGGUGUGGUGAACCUUGGUGAUAACUAUGAACCACUCAUUGUUGACUAUGGUGCUGAAUGCCUAACGUAUGAAGGAGGGGGUUUAAGUCAGACAAACUUCAGUGACGGUUCAGGGAGUGAAGGGACAUUGAGGGGUAAUUUGAAUUGCAUGAAAUGGGUUGGAGUUUUUGCAGGAGUGGGGCAAUAUAUUCCACAUGCCCAAGCUUUUAGGGAGGCUGUGUACAGGUUUAGUAUUGCACAGAAGUUUGCAACGACAUAUGUGAGAAACAGUAGGGAGAAGAUGAAUGUGAGGUGUAAAGUGGAAGGGUGUCCAUGGAAGAUUUGUGCAAAUGCUGUUGGGAGGGAUACUCUUUUAUUACGCGUGACCACAUUCGUUAAUGAACACAUUCAUUCAGCGCAAGAAAACCUAGAUGUCACUUUUGCUGGCAAUGCUGCGUUGACGUCAUCAAUAAUACUUGAGGAGAUAAGGAACCACACCGAAAAGCGUCCUACUGAAAUAAGGAAGACACUGGAAAGGGAAUAUGGUGUGAGGCUAACAUAUGCUCAAGCUUACAGAGCAAAGGAAAAGGCCAUGGAACACAUACAUGGGAAACCAGAAGAAUCCUAUAUGUUCAUACCAUGGAUAUGCCAAAGAUUAAAGGAAACUGAUGAUAAAACAGUUGCUGAAUGGGCUUCCAUUGGUAAUACAUUUGAGCGGAUUUUCAUUGCAUAUGGUUCGUGUAUUGAGGGUUUUUUGAGUGGUGCAAGGGCUAUAUUAUAUGUUGAUGGAACUCAUUUAAGUGGUCCAUAUAAGGGGACACUACUCUCAGCGUCGGGAUAUGAUGCAGAUAAUGACUUGUUGCCUUUUGCAAUAGCAGUGGUGAAAUCAGAGAACCUUGAUGACUGGACUUGGUUUCUGUUCAAAAUUAAAGAAAUUGUUGGUUCGGUGCAGGUGACAAUUGUGUCAGACCGACACAAUGCCAUAAUAGGAGCUGUCCAAGCAAUAUUUGGAGGUGAAAGACAUGCGUAUUGUUAUAGGCAUGUGAAGGAAAACUUCAGCGCUGAACAAGUGAAAGUAAACAGAGGUAAAAGGACAAGCCAAUGGUCAAAAGAAGAUGCAUUAAAGGUUCUUGAUAGAGUAGCUUAUGCAAGGGUUGAUAGUGACUUUGAUAAUGCAAUGGCAGAGCUGAGAACUAUGUCUCCUGAGUUACAUGAUUGGGUUAUCAAUCAAGGUGAUGUGAAUAGGUGGGCAAUGAGCAAGUUUCCAUUUAAAAGAUGGGACAAUAUAACAACCAAUAUAGCUGAGUCUUUCAAUUCUUGGAUGGUGAAGGAGAGAAAGCAUAAUGUGGCGCAAAUGAUCCAUGAGCAUCGGGAGAAAGUAGCAAGGAAGAUGCAUGCAUCAUAUAUGUGUGUAUUUCAGUAG